UGAGAUCCGAGUGAGCAAUGAACAGAGAGAAGCCAGGCAUAGACAGAUCAGGACUAUUAUUGGAUGUAUGGAUUACAGUAAUCCAGAGCACACUGAACGCUGCCGUUCAUAACACACUAGAUCUGCUCUUCAAGAUGGACACGAAGAUCCUCAGCGUGUUUCUGCUGCUGCUGACUCAAGUUUUCAUUGGCGUAAACUCACAGGGGGAGUUAGAGAAGCCGUGGCCUUAUGAAGAUGAGGACGAUGUGAGUGUGAAGGAAGUGGCGGAGAAUCAAACACCGACGGGCUGCAGCUGUGACUGUCAGGAGGCGCGACCCACCGGAGCUCCAGCCUCCUGGACCUCCAUCAGCACCACGCCAUCCACACGCAGCCCCUAUCUAGACUGCAUGCCGGAGUGUCCCUACCACAAACCGCUGGGUUUUGAGUCCGGAUCGAUGAUGGCGGAGCAGCUUACCUGUUCAAACCAGGAUCAGUACGUGGGCUGGUUUUCCUCGUGGACCCCAAAUAAAGCCCGACUGAACAGUCAGGGGUUUGGAUGUGCAUGGCUGUCCAAACUCCAGGACACGAGUCAGUGGCUUCAGAUCGACCUCCAGGAGGUGCGGGUGGUCUCGGGUAUCCUGAGUCAGGGCCGCUGUGAUGCUGACGAAUGGACAACGAAAUACAGCCUGCAGUACCGGACCCAGGAAAACCUCAACUGGAUCUAUUACAAAGACCAGACUGGGAACAAUAGGGUGUUUUAUGGAAACACGGACCGAUCCUCCACGUUCCAGAACCUGCUGCGUCCGCCCAUCGUGGCGCGGUACCUGCGGAUCCUGCCUCUGGGCUGGCACACGCGCAUCGCCCUCCGCCUGGAGCUGCUCAUGUGCAUGAACAAAUGCGUCACGGGUUAAGAACAGCUUUAGGUGCCAUGGUACAAAAGUGCAAUAAUCUAGAAACUGGUCUCAGAUCAGUAGGUAACAGGCAACUUGCACUAGUACCAUAACUGUAGCUCCUGCAUGUACAAAAUAAAAGAAAUAACCAUUUUUAGUCUAAAACAAGAGGACUGGUUUAUUAUCAGUGACGUGCUGGUCUUUGUGAAGUUUACCAAAAAAACGAACAGUGCUUUUUCUUUUGCUUUCUGAAAUGAGGACUGAAUAAAUUCCCUAUUGAUUCAAUAAUUGAGUCAGAAAACAUGUGAACCAUUCCCUGAUAGCACACGUACAUCACGGAGAUGUCUUUUUGACAUCUGCAAGACUUAUUUU